AUGGCUCCCACUCCUCCUACCGACCGACGCCCCCUCGUCAUCUCCGGGCCCUCGGGCGUCGGCAAGGGCACGCUGUACGGCAAGCUCUUCGCCGCCCACCCGGACACCUUCACCCUGUCGGUCUCGCACACGACCCGCAAGCCCCGCGACGGCGAGCAGGACGGCGUCCACUACCACUUCGUCACCAUGGAGGAGUUCGAGGGCCUCAUCGCCAAGGAUGGCUUCGUGGAGCACGCCAAGUUCGGCAGCAACCGAUACGGCACCAGCAAGGCCACCAUCGAGGAGCAGACCGCCAAGGGCAAGGUCGUCGUGCUAGACAUUGAGAUGGAGGGCGUCAAGCAGAUCAAGGCGUCCAGCCUGGGCGCGCGCUACGUCUUUAUCGCGCCGCCGUCGUUCGAGGCGCUGGAGAAGCGCCUGCGCGGCCGCGGCACCGAGGACGAGGACGCCGUGGUCAAGCGCCUCGACCAGGCCCGCGUCGAGCUCGAGUUCGCCAAGACCCCCGGCGUUCACGACAUCACCAUCGUCAACGACGACCUCGACAAGGCCUACGCCGAGCUCGAGGCCUACGUCUACAAGAAGUGA